AUGAACAAUGUUGUGCAGAACAAUGAGAAGUGUCGGGUACGUUUUUCCAUUGGCCGAACUUAUUUUGAUGAUGUGUUGUGCAAUGUGGUCGAGAUGGAUACUUGUCAUAUACUUUUAGGUAGGCCAUGGCAAUUCAAUAAUAGAGCUACCCAUAUGAGCAAAGACAAUGUUUAUAUCUUCAGGAAAGAUGGACGACGAAUUGUGCUCAAGUCUCUUACAGAAAAGGAGCCACCUAAGAUAAAGACUACUGAGAAGAAGGAACUCUUGGUGACAAACAACGAUGCUUUAGAAGAAAACUUGAAUCAAUCUGAAGAAGUCUGUGACUUGAUUGUAACUGAAAAAGAAGAAUCUGCCUCUACCGAAAUUCCUCCUAAGGAGCAAACACUUGAUAUGCAUGAGAUUCAUGAUGGUGAUAUGAUAGUGAAGAUGGAUGAUACACAUGAUAUUCUUAAAGUGGUUGAGAGUGAUGUUGCACAUAUUGAUGUUGUCCCGAUAGAGGAGAAGGAUAAAAUAGAGAGUGAUGCAAUUGAUGGUAUGUGUGAAUUGCUUGGUGGAGGGCUAGAGAUAAAGGAGAUGAAAGAAUUGUGUAUGGAGUAUGACGCGAGUUUCUCUUCUCUGGAAGCAAAGAUUGUUAAUAAUUUCAAGGUGAUGAUACUUUCAGUACUAGAAUAUAAGAAGCAACAUGGAACAUAUUUUGAGGAGCUUUUCAAGUCAAUUGUAGAUCCACAUGCUGUCAGACACGUAACCAUGGUGUGUGAAAGAUUUAUUCAAGAAUUUGAGUCAGAAGAAGUCCUAGCUGAAGAGGCAAAACAACAGAUGAAGAAAAUCAAUGCUAAGUACAAGGUAGAUGCUGAUCGUUUGUUCUUCUACUCUUCCUUGUCGGAGAUGUAUAAAGUUCUGCAUGAUAGGAAAUGUUCUAAGUUAUAUUCUCAUAGUAGUACACUGGGUCUCAGAAAGGAAACGAGUGCAGAUACUCCAUUUAUGUACAUGCAUCACGGGAAAAACCAGUCCAUUUUCGCUUAUUUGUGGGUCGAGAUAUUCACAGUGAGAAGCUAUGUACCAUUGCAUAAUUUUGACUAUGUAUAUAGCUAUCUGAUGGAAACAAAUGUCAGCUUUAUCGAUUGUUUCAAGGAUCCUGGUCCACAUGGAACAGGCAAGUUUUCUCCACACAUGUUGCCUGAGGUUCCAGAAGAGAAGUUUAAGAAGGGUUCACAGCUUCGUCAAUUUCCGCCUCCGUUACGUCUUCCUCUCCGCCGAAGGAGAAGAGAUCGUCGAUUAUCCUUCUCCGACGAAGCCGAAGCGUUACAGGAAUUUGCAAAGAUGUGGAUUAUUCGUUGGAUAACCAUCUCCGUAGAAGCCAAAGCAUUACAGAAAUCUGCACAAAUUACUAUUUCUUCAGAAUUUCCGCAUUCAUCUCCAAAGAUUUCUGCAAUUGGGGAUUCAGUAAGUUUCAAGCGACAAGAGUUUAAAAAUUCCAACAGCAGCUGGAUCGACAUUAUAAAGAACGAUGGCAUCCACCAACGAAGCACCAAUUCCACACAUCCAAAUACGCCAACUAAAAAAUUUCAAAGAGAGUGGACUAUUCUUGUUGUUAUCCUAAGAACUAUCGAGUCAUCUUAUGAGAACAACAAAGGAUCAGGAAAACUACUAAAAUUAAUUUUUGCCGACUCAGAGGGGGAAAAAAUACAAGGUAUUAUGUUUGGAGAAACUAUUGAAAUGUAUAAGCACAUGCUUCAGAAGAAUAAUGUUCUUUACAUCUCAAAUGGAGAAGUCAAACCAAUAAACCCGCUUUAUGGAAAUGUACAUGAGUCAAUUGAGUUGACAUUGACUAAAAACAUUUCUAUCAAAGAGUCAAAAGCAGAAUUUCAAUUUGAUAAGAUAUUGAAUAACUUUAUCUCAAUCAAAGACGCAAUUUCCAACGAGGAUACAAGGAAUAUAAAUGUUCUUGCAAUGAUAGCAAAUGUCAAGCCUAUGAUCAAGUACGUUACAAGAUAUAAUAAGGCAGACACAAGGCGAGACAUCAUUAUAGUAGACAAAAAUGACAUAACAUUGUCUGUAACUUUAUUCGGAGAUUUAGCUGUCAAUGAAGGCUCAAUGAUUGAAGGAACUAAGCAUGAGACAACUAUAAUAGCGCUAUCAGAUUUCAAAAUAUCAUUAUACAAAGGGGAGUUGUGCUUGACUUCGCAAAUUGCAUCAACAAUAUUUAUCAACCCUGAUAUACAACUUGCUAAGGACAUGCGAGAAUGGGCUCUUUCAAAAGAGAACAUCAAGACAAAUGAUGCUCCGUCAAGGCUAUUUAAAAAUGCAACGGAAAUGAAUAUUGGUGACAUUAUGCAAGCUUCACAAGAAUCAUCAAAGGCACAAUAUGGCAGCUUUAUUGGAAAAAUAAGUAAUAUCUUAAAUAGACAUGAGGCUUGGUACUACUCAUGCACAGGCUGCAAUAAAAAAGUUGACAAAAAUAUUUAUGACAAAUGUCAAAAUUGUCAAAAAAACAAUGAAGACAGUAUACCGAGAUAUGUUGUCAAAAUCAUAGUGGAAGACGAAAUAGACAAUGCAAGAGUCACACUUUUUGACGCAGCAGAAACAUUGAUAGGAUGCGAUGCUCAAAAAUUCAUGGAUGAUAUAAAAGAGAAAAAAAAUCAGAGUUCAUUCUUUCAAAAGUUUGUUCUCAAUAUCGGAAAGACAUACAAGUUCCUUGUAAAGUUGGAUGAGAGGUCAAAGGAGGAACGUGCACAAGGAAAGAUAAUAGCACAAGAAAUUCAAAUCCAAGAGGACAUCACAAUCAACAUUGAUGAUGAUGAUUUAUUUCUCGAAUUACCAAAAAAGAAGAUCAAGGUGGAGAAGGAUUGAUCAAAGGCGAACAAAAAUUAAACAUUAAUGUUUUUUAAUUUUAAUUACAUUUACAAAUUGGUUAAAGGAUUUUAAAUGUGCUUUUCAUAGGCUUUUAAGUUUAUUAAUUGAUGAAUUUAAUUUGUUAAGACAAUUUAUGAUUUAUACGCAUAUGCUCAUAUAGUUGUUUGAUAACUAUUGCAUGGUUUGAUUGUUAUUGCAUUUAUUAACUUAAAUUUAACAUUUAAUUAUGUGAA